UCAUAACUUAGAUACUUUGAUAGUGAUAAGAAUAUACCUUUUAUUGCUGAGUGUCCUAGUUACUCUGCUGAGACAGUUAUGCAUCUUUUUUUCGAUCAUGACAGAAAAAUGUGACGUUCGUGCUGAUGACCUUGGGUCCUGGAACAACAGAGGUGUGAAGACAAGUUACUUUAGUGUUUCUUUUUCAUCAAAUGGAAAAAUCAAUCGUCUCACAAGUCUUGGAUCAAGAAAGCCUUCUGUGUUACGAAGCUCUAUAUACAUGUUGAAGCGUACAUAUUGGAAGCAUAGUGAAGAUCCAAAGUUUUCUCGCCGACUGUUUGAAUUACAAGAUCAUGAGCAAAAUCACUAUCAUAUUAUAUUGCUGCAGUACUUUCACCCAACUACUGCUGUUGAGGAUAUUGGUCAGAAACCUCAUAGGAAUAGUAAGUGUGGUGCCACUUACAUUCGAACAAAACAAAGUGUUCGCCAUAUAAUCAUAGACACUUGUAAAGGUUGGUAA